UGAUCUGCAAUAAAAUUUUGUGAACAAUAAAAUAGCUAUGAAUCAUCUCACGCCAGCAACAAAAAGCAAACAAUGAAGUUAUGACGAAUUGGCGCUUUCAACCUAUUUACCUAUAAUAUAAACGUCGCCACUACGAGUUCUGCCGUCUACAGUGAAAUCAAAAAUUCAAUUAAUUUCAUGUGUGAAAUUCAGGGACAGUCGUGUGGAAAGCUGCAGGAAAGUCAGCUGAACAAUCUAAAGGAGUACACAGAACCGGAUGAGUUCCCGUGGAUUGGUCGCGUGGGGUACGGAGAUUCGAGUAAUGGGAGUACCGAUUUCUACUGCAUUGCGGUUCUCAUCAAGCCGCGCCAUGCGAUCCUUCCCGCCCACUGUGUCCUGAACCGCGUCGAAGUGGAUGCCCGGUUCAUCCUUUUCGGGGACUGGCGCGCCAACCGGAACUUCGAUGAGAAAGACUGUCUCUUCGAUGUGUGUGCCCCUGUCCCGGAAGCGAUCGACAUAGAAGAGCUGGUGGUGCAUCCGAAGUUCAUGGGACUGAGGAAUCCCUCUGCCAUCGACAACGACAUCGCAGUGGCCAAGCUGGUGCGAAGCGUGGACUUCUCGGACUUUGUGUCACCUCUUUGCCUUCCAACCACGAAACACAAGGACAACCACAUAGCUCAGAAGUUGACAAUGGUGGGAUUCUUGCAAAUUCUACCGAGUUUUGAGCUGGCCGAGGGGUUUCGUACGAAGGUGGAUGUGCACAUAGUAAGUCUGGAAUUCUGUGCCUCCUUGCAGGACAAGUUGAACCUCACCCAGGAUCAUCUUUGCGCCAUGGCAAGUGCGGCAUUCCUGAACUUUUUCGCAUCACCACUGAUGGGCAUCGAAGUGGAGGACGGAAAGCCACGGAACUUCUACCUAGUCGGACUUCCUACCUACGGAGCAAUAACAGGUGACGAGAGGAAUAAAGCUUUAUUCGUAUUCACGCGCAUAUUUCCAUUUAGAAACUGGAUUCUUAAAAAUAUUGUAGACAAAAACGAAACACGGAAAAUCAAGUAGUUUUUACGAUUAAUUUCUAAGUCUUCUGACGUCAUUAUUUCUUGCCAAUCAGUGCACUUAAGUCGUUCAGAGAAAACUUAAAACAACAUUGUGCUAUAAAUAAACUUGAUCACACAAAAAUAUAUCAGCAUAAGCUAUUAAUUAA